UAUAUUCACUCUUCCUAAUUUGACUGAUGUUUGUGUCAUAUUAUUUAAGAUGUAUAUCGAUGAUGGAGCUACCUUUUUCGGAGCUUUUGUUUGGUUGACUCCGGGAGAGUGUGCGUGGUUUAUGUGGAUUUGAUGGGAUUACAGUGUCUUGAUUUUUUGUUUGUAUGUCCAAAUCACAUCGGGUGUGUGCUAAGGAGCAUCUGAUGAACACAGAGCCAAAUAAAUAAAAGGAUUAGUCAUGAAGUUUAUGAAACUCGGAUCUCGGCCAGAUACUUUCUAUACUACUGAGGCUGUAAGGUCAGUCAACUCUGAAGUCUCUAGUGAUCUUAUAAUUCAGGUGAAUGGAAGCAAAUACUUGCUUCACAAGUUUCCUGUUUUGUCCAAGUGCUUGCGCCUGCAGAGGCUGUGCUCUGAAUCUCCUGAAUCCUCACAAAAUCAAAUAUUCCAACUUCCCGAUUUCCCUGGUGGCGUUGAAGCAUUUGAACUAUGUGCAAAGUUUUGCUAUGGUAUUACAAUCACACUCAGUUCCUACAACAUUGUAUCUGCUCGGUGUGCUGCUGAGUAUCUGCAGAUGACAGAGGAUGUUGAGAAGGGGAACCUAAUAUACAAGCUGGAAGUUUUCUUCAAUUCCUGCAUUCUUCACGGGUGGAAGGAUUCCAUUGUGACCUUACAAAGCGCAAAAGCCUUUUAUUUGUGGUCAGAAGACCUUGCAAUAACAAGCAGAUGCAUUGAAGCAAUUGCUGCUAAAGUCUUAAGUCACCCCUCGAAGGUUAGUUUGUCGCAUAGCUAUUCCCGGCGGGGGAGGGACGAUAUAUCAUGCAACGGUGAGAGUCAGAGAUAUAAACCAGAAACCAUGGGUUGGUGGGCAGAAGAUAUAGCAGAAUUGGGCAUAGACCUUUAUUGGAGAACCAUGAUAGCAAUUAAAUCUUGUGGAAAGGUACCGUCUAAUCUUCUGGGAGAUGCAUUGAGAAUCUAUGCCUCCAAAUGGCUGCCCAAUAUAUCAAGGGAUGGGUUUGUGAAUAAGGAAGCAGCGUCAGACUCUGAUUCAGACUCAAUUGUUGGGGUAACAUCAAAGCAUAAGCUGAUCUUGGAAUCAAUAGUAAGCUUACUCCCAGCAGAAAAGGGUGCUGCUUCUUCUGGUUUCCUACUUAAACUCUUGAAGGCAGCCAACAUCCUAAAUGCUUCUUCUUCUUUAAAGAUGGAAUUGGCCAGAAGAGUGGGUCUUCAGUUAGAUGAAGCAAGAGUCAGUGAUCUGUUAAUACCCUCUCUAUCAUAUUCGAAUGAUACACUAUAUGAUGUAGACAUAGUCAUGACCAUAUUGGAGCAGUUCAAGUUACAAGGACAGAGCCCCCCAACUAGUCCACCAAGAUCAAAGCUGAAAAUUGAAAGGAGAAGGUCUCGGUCUGCAGAAAAUAUUGAAUUUGAGUUCCAGGAGAGUAGGAGGUCCUCUUCAGCUUCUCAUAGCUCAAAACUGAAGGUGGCAAAGCUGGUAGAUGGGUAUCUUCAAGAGAUUGCUCGGGAUGUGAGUUUGCCUUUAUCAAAGUUUAUUGCAAUAUCUGAAGCCAUUCCCCACUUUGCAAGGCUGGACCAUGAUGAUCUCUACAGAGCAAUUGACAUUUAUCUCAAGGCUCAUCCAGAUCUCAACAAGAGCGACAGGAAAAGGUUGUGUCGAAUCCUAGACUGCAAAAAGCUAUCAAUGGAGGCGUGCAUGCACGCUGCACAAAAUGAGCUACUCCCCUUGAGAGUGAUAGUACAAGUUCUUUUCUUUGAGCAAGCUCGGGCAGCCAUGGCUGGUGGUAAAGUGACUGAGCUGCCUAGCAAUAUUAAGGCACUCUUGGCCACACAAGGAAUUGAUCCAUCAAGGCCUCCAGCACCAUUAAGUACCACUACUACCAUUCCAGCUGAGGACCAGUGGAGCGUCUCUGGCCUUAAAUCACCAAAGUCAAGCAUGUCAACUUUAAGGAUGAAGCUGGCCGAGGAUGAUGACUUGGAUGACCAUGACAUUAGCAGAAAUGCUAGGCUUAAGACUCCCUCUGCUCUUCCUAACAGACCCAAAAGGAUGUUAAGUAAGUUGUGGUCCAUCAACAAAAGUACUAGUGAAAAGAACUGAGUGAUUUUUGUUUAUUUUGCGCUUGGAGAUGGUUAAUUUAAGGAGGUAAAAUAUACUCUAGUUCUUCUUUUGUUCUGCACAAUGCCUUGUAAUUUUGAGGGAAAACCACUUGAGAUUCUUAAUGGGCAUUGCAAUCUAUUGGAAUAAGAAACAAUAUUAUCAAGA